CUAAACAAACAAUACUGAUAAAAUGGCUCACGCUUGGCACGAUUUGAGUUGGAGAUGUGAAGGUGGUGAAGACGUUGAUGAAAACGACCCAACCAAGUUCAAUGCUCUCAUUGAAAUUCCUAUGGGUUCAAAGGUUAAGUAUGAAUUAGACAAGGAUUCCGGUCUCUUGAAGGUCGAUCGUAUCCUCUCUUCUUCAGUUGUUUAUCCUUCAAACUAUGGUUUUAUUCCACAAACCCUUGGAGAUGACAAUGAUCCACUCGAUGUUUUAGUCUUGAUGCAACAAGCUGUUGCUCCAAUGAUCUUCUUGAGAGCCAGACCAAUCGGUGUUAUGGGUAUGAUCGAUCAAGGAGAAGGUGAUGACAAGAUUGUUUGUGUUCACUGUGAUGAUCCAGAAUACAGCCAUUAUACCGACAUUUCUGAAUUGCCACCACACAAGUUGCAAGAAAUGCGUAUCUUCUUUGAAGAUUACAAGAAGUUGGAAAAGAAGGUUGUCCAAGUCACAGGAUUCCAAGGUUCUAAGGCUGCUCGUGAAAUUGUUGCUAAGGGUAUCAAGACUUACCAAGCUUACAUCAAGGAAAAGGAAAAGGCUGGUGAAUCGCUCGUCUCCCCAAAGCUUCAAGCUUAUAAGACUUUCUUCAGUGAUUAAAUAACAUCCUAUCUAGAUCAAUAAUAAUAUUAAUUCAAAUUGACCCAAUAAAUAUUAUUAAAUAUCAUUUAUUUAA